CGGCAGAUCGUUUAGCUGGUGCGCUCUGGCGGUUAAUUUGAUAAUCGAUGAAUUCAGGAGUAGAUGGUGAUUUUAAGUUUCAGUGUUUGCAGUAAAAGUUAAUAGAUUUUCACUUUUGAUUGAUUUGGUUCAGGUGAAUAGGUAUAUUCGGAUUUAGGGUUUCUUGGUUGAUCAAUGGCUCCUGCUAAAGCGGACGCUAUGAAAAAAUCUGAUCCUAAGGCCCAGGCCUUGAAAGCAGCGAAGGCUGUUAAAUCAGGUUCAGCAACCUUUAAGAAGAAGGCCAAGAAGAUGCGCACUAAGGUUACAUUUUAUCGACCAAAGACAUUGAAGAAGGAUAGGAAUCCGAAGUACCCUCGCAUUAGUGCUCCCCCAAGGAACAAGCUUGAUCAGUACCAAAUCCUAAAGUAUCCUCUCACCACUGAAUCGGCGAUGAAGAAGAUUGAAGACAAUAACACACUGGUUUUCAUUGUUGACAUUCGUGCUGACAAGAAGAAGAUAAAGGACGCAGUCAAGAAGAUGUAUGACAUUCAAACCAAGAAAGUCAAUACCUUGAUCAGGUACUAAAUUUUCACUCUAUCUUUAUGUGUUUUAACCUGUGUCCGCUUGUUGUGUGUGUGAGUUUUCAUGUCCUUAAUUCCUGCUCUUGGGCAAGUUGAAAUCAUUACUACUGACCUAAAAAAGUGUGUGUGUGUAAUGGUGAUAGCAUGAUCAGCUGUUGAAAAGUAUCUGGUUUAUUCUAAAAAAUGAUCAUAGGAGUUCGAUAUUCUAAAAUUAGUAUCCUUGUGUGUGGAUGCAUGGAUACACACAACUUUUGCUCGUCAUUCUGAUUUCUGUGAUUG